AUGGAUCAGGAGUCGUGUGGCAGUAUCCUGAACCCGGCAACUGUUAUCAACAGGAUACUAAUCCCAAACUUGAAGAGACCAAUACGUAAGAUCUGCGCUGCCAUUACAAUCGAAAAACUGCUGGAUUCUCGUCGUGUGAACAUAGCUUGGUCAUUCGAUUACACUACUGAAUCCAAAUAUUAUUGUAAUGAAGAUGAUAUAGCGGCUCAGAUGGGAGAAAAAGUGCAAGUGAUACAGUUAAUUGGAGCAUUCUAUUCGCAAUAUACCUUUCCACAUCGCAGUACAGUCCGUGGCUCCCGUUACUUCUACAUAGAUUCGGUCCUUUCGAAGUUGGAAGGUCGUUUGGCUCAUUUGACCGCAGAGAAUUCUUUUACUACAAAUGCGCUCAGAUAUUUGGAUGAAUUAGUUGCUAAAAAGGAAUUUUCUUGGCAAGCGGACUACUAUUUAUCGAAGAUACUUCUCCGCAAAUUACUUGCCACGAGAGAAGUUAACAUACCAGAGAGACCGGUGGUUGGAACAGAUCAGCAGGCACGGAUUGUAUGGGUUGCAGAACUGUUACCCAUUACUUACGCCGGUGUCAAAUCGAAACCAUUCUUUAGUUUAGCAUUUCUGGUUGAUGGUCAUGUCAACAAUUUGGAUUUGGAAUGCGCUUUUGUUCUACAUUUCAACGAUAUUCCAGAAUUUUCUUUCAUUGAAUUUCUGGUUCUAUUCAAAAUUUUCAUGCGUUCCGGUAGGAACAAUCGAGUCACGAACUUAUACAAACACACUCCUGGGUUAUACGGCAAUAGAUAUGAUAGAAGCUUACGAGAAAUGGUCAAAUGGAUAUUUCGUCUCAUAAAUCGAGUCCAGAAAUCAGCACAAGUGAACGAGGAAGCAAUACUUGACGCAAAACAUCGCGUUUUACAGUGGGCAGAGGCUUACGCAGCAAAUUCUAAAGUGCUCGGGACCGAUGAUACGAAGGCAAUGCUAUGUUUAUUGAGAUGGAAGGACGAACCUGGUCUAAAGGAUGAUAAGUUGGAACGAGGAAUGGACCGAUUAUUUUUUGAGGUCUAUCUAAAGUGUGUGAUACGGCCCAAUGACCCAAUUCUUGAAGUUAUACAAAAAUGGGUUCCCUGUGGAAAAAGUACGGAAGAAAUAGAACAAUAUUUGAAUCAUAUCCCUCCAUCUCGCCCAUCUGAAGUAAAGGUGUACAGGCCUACUCGAUUACUAUACUAUAAACCGGUUCAUCCUGAUGAACAGACACCGUGGGAGCGAUGCCAAAUGAAUAAGUUUUUAAGUGAAACUGCUGACUAUUACCUUUACGGGGGAGCUAGCAGGAUGCCGAAUAGGCCAACAUCCGGACCGGGUAUGUUUGGUUACGCACGGCCAUUGUAUGUGUGGAGUAUUGAUGGUUUCAAAUUGAUGCCAUUUUCCGCACUGAAGAAUAAAUAUGAAGAUGUGCCCUCAGACUUAUCAGAGCUAAACAAAAAGAAAAAAAUACCGUUCGAUUUGCAAGCCGAAGUUGGAAGUGUAUGGGAAGCUGCUCCAUCUAGACGUCUUAAUUUUCAUUCUCCACCAAAACGAAAAAGAAAUACUUCCAGUCAAUCAGUGAAUAUUCCGAUACUUCAUAAUGGUGAGAAUGAAAUGUUUCGAAUGCAAGUACCAUAUAUUCCUUUUAUUCCCCUACCAAUGAAUGCUUUUGAUAAUGAGCUGGAAUUUGGUGCCAGUGCAGCUAGUCUUGGAACUGUUGAUAUAUGGCGCAGUUAUUCACUUCCAUGCGAUUUAUCAAGUUUAAAUUUGCAGACCGAAAAAAUAGUACUCAAAAGGUCAGCACGGAAAAGAAUGUUCAAAGUCCGGAAGCAAAAGUUCAAACCAUGGCAACGCAAAAUGAAAACAGGAACUGCUGAUCUAACCGAAAGCGCUCCAAGCACAAGAAAAAAACACGCCAAAAAGGAACGUGCAGUGUUCCAUCCAUUUUUCGAAAAUAUUGGAUCAUGCAGCAUUUGCGGACUAAUGGAUCAUACUGAAAAUUUCUGUCCAGAUACGGCAUAUUAUUCAAAUCUUCUCAACAUGUUGAUGCCAGUGACGUACAAAUGGGCGAUUAAAAAGGAAAAGGCAUUUGAGAAUUUUCAUCGCCAAGAUUCUUGGGGUUGUUUUGGCAUUGAAGAUGAUUGA